AUGUCACUAAAUGAUUUGACAAUAUUCGGAACAAAGUUUUCGUUUGAUAUCUUCAUAAGUUAUCGGCCAACUCAAUUGUCCGAGAUAAGGUAAAUAGUACGGGAGAAUCUACACAUCACAGUCGCAUUAAAAAUGGUUUUAUUAGAGAAUGAUACGUUCCUUACUGAGCUCACAAAGAUGUUCCAGAAAGCCAGGAAUUCAGGAACAGUAACUCUGACCAUGAAGAGAUAUGAUGGGAGAACAAAACCAAAGCCAAGGAAGGGAACUAUUGCUGAUCCUACAGAGUUUAAAUGUUUAGUGAGAGCUUCACUUGGAAAUAAAAAAUUAAGCACUGUAAUUAGUCAAAAAGAUGUUAACAAAGUACAGAUGGCAUAUUGUAAUCUACUGAAGGGUAAUAUGGACGGUUUAAAGAAAAGAGACAAGAAAACAGGAAAAUCUAAAGUGAAAGCUACACAGUGAUAUUGUAUAGUGACAUUUGUGAUACAUUUGACGGUUAUUGACAUUCAGACCAGGCAGACUGUAUUCUGAUAUUUUCAAACAAAGUCAGACAUUUAAAACAUUCUGUAUUGUACAUGUAUUGUUAAAUUUGUUAACAUUAGUGUUUAUUCAUUUUUACACCUGGUAUAUACAGUCACAUUCUUUCAAGUCAGCCUGGCUCUGUUUUUGGUUUUGCACAAAAAAUGUGACUAUAAGUCAAAACAUAUUGUUAUGCUAGUGCUGAUUCAGAUAGCUGGAACAGAAAACAUUUAUGUAAACUGUUAGUAGAGGUUUUUAGAUAUCAAACGAAAACAGAAAAAAAAAAUGUUUUAUUAUGCAGAUAAAUACAUUGCUGUUCUGCCAUAUUUGUAAUAUCUAAAUGUAAUGUUUUGAGAAAUAGAUUUAAAUAACUUGUGGUUUAUCUGAGGAUGAAAUUGUAGUGGUAUUUAUGUAUAUUAGUCAUCAGCUUCAAAUUGUCAUACUGUUAAUAAUGACAUAUAUAUACAUGUACAAGGUAACAUUUAUUUUGGCAUAAUGUACAUACAUUAUAAUAUAACAACUUGUAGUGAAAAAAAACAACAAAACACUACACCAUGUACACAGUCUCCAUGGUAUUCACACAAACACAAGGGGUAACAUAUAUAUGAUAAACUCUGAAUUCCUUUUUGACUUAGAACAUUGCCUUUUUCUAAAAAAAAAAAAAACCAACAAAAAAAAGCUUCAAACUUGUAUUUGCAUAAUUAUUCUCCUUUUCUGUGUUGAUUUAUUGAAUGAUCUAGCUCUGAGAAAAGUGUGGCAAGCUGUCUGCAAACAGAUCUUGUGCAAACAGAUCUUGUUAUUUACUUGUAUUAUGUAGUGCAUAUAAGAUAACCACUUGCCCCUCACAGCUGCAGGUUCGAAUCUCGUCUGGGACUUUGCAUUCUGUUCAUUUGAAGAAGCUAUCCUGCUAGCUUUCAGAAUGUCUGGAAUUCUACUCAGAUGCCCUCUUGUGUCUGAAAUAAUGCAUGGAGGGGCCCUGAAACAAACAAAAGUGAUAAAAUAGGAAAUUAGUACAAAUAAUGAUUAAGUUAAAUUUUUUGACUGGUAAUUUCUUUUGCAUAGAGGUUUUGGUUUGAUGAAUAAAAUGUUAACGCACCUGUACAUGUAUGCCAUAUUUUCCUAAUAUUAAAAACAUUAUUGAAUAUUACAAUAAUUAAUAUUUCAUUUCAUAUUAAUAUGUUUAUCUGUGCAACAUUAAAUAUUAAAAUUUA